AUGUUGGUAUCACUGGGUACAAACAGUAUAGCCGUCGAACCGUUUUCGCCCUGCGCCGUGUUUCUGUUUUUUCUGACUUUUCCUUCUGUUUCCUCUUUUCACCUUUUCCUCUUUGUCGCCUGUACUUUGUCUUACCCGUUUCACCCUCCGUUAUGCCGACAAUUACGCGAGUGCUACUUGUGAAACCCGAAACAAGAGAAAUCUAUGUGUGGAAUCGCCGAAAGAUGAGGCUGGAAUGUAUUAAAGCCCUCCAUUAAACCUCUUUGACACACAACGCCUUUAAGAAAAAGGCGAAAUGGUGCGGGUCACAUGUCUCCUAGCUCUCCUCCUCGUCACAAUAGUCAAAGCAAAAAUAGGUUAUUUUUGGCAUAUUACUGACAUCCAUUAUGAUGUCAACUACUCUACCAAAGGGGACCCUAGAAGAAAUUGUUGGAGGACGGACGGUUUGCCAAAUAGAAGACCAGGCCGUUUUGGCGAUUAUAACUGUGAUUCACCAUGGGCUCUUGUAGAAUCUGCUGCCAAAGCGAUGAGGGCAAAGCACGGCGAUAAUAUCGAGUUCGUUUUGUGGACAGGUGACGGUCUUUCUGGGACUGCUAGCGGUCGUUCUUCAGACAUGCAGGUCCACGCCUUGCAAAACCUCACGCACCUACUUUCUUCCACCUUCUCGUCGCAGUUCGUUUUUCCUGUUCUGGGACACAAUGAUCCUGGAUCCAAUCCGGGAGAGAGGCUCGGAUUUAAGGACGUAGGCCAUUUCUGGAGGCAAUGGCUUCCGACUGAAGCAAUCAACACUUUCAACAAAGGUGGCUAUUACACAAUUGAACAGAAAGAGCAAAAAUUGAGGAUAGUGGCUUUGAACACGAACCUCUACAUGGGGAUGUACGCAGGUGACGAUCCAUACGGCCAGUUCUUCUGGCUGGAAGGCGUCCUUUUGAAAUCUCAAAGAAAUAAAGAAACGGUAUAUAUCGUUGGCCAUAUGGCUCCCGGAGCUGACGAGCGGCAGCCCGAAGCCCUGCCGCAUUUUCAAGAAAACUACAGCAGGAGAUUUCUCAGGCUGAUCAGAAAAUAUUCGGACAUCAUCGUCGGCCAAUUUUUCGGCCAUCUGCACUCCGACACGUUCCGGGUAGUCUACAAUGAAAUGGGUCGGCCUGUUAAUUGGAUGCUUCUAGCACCUGCGCUUUCUCCAAGAAGGAUAUCGAGUGGCCCUAACAAUCCUGGAGUGCGCCUUUACAAAUUUGAAACUAGCACUGGACAAGUUUUGGACUUCACCCAGUACUACCUCGAUCUCAAUAUGGCCAACCAGAAGGAAAGCUACGCAGAAUGGCAACAAGAAUACAACCUGACUUCUUAUUACGGGCUAACGGAAGUCACGGCCAAAUCCCUGCACGAACUCUCAUCGACGUUCACCGAGCACAAUUCCCCGCUUUUUGCCAGAUACUACGAAGCAAACGCUGUCCGGUUGUACAGCAGCCCUCAGAACGGCGGCUGCGACGCCAGCUGUGCCCAGACCCAUUUCUGCGCCGUGACAAGGCUGGAAUUUUCAGAAUUUCGCCACUGCCUGGAAGCAGCUGCAAGCGCGCUGGCUUCCCUCGCCCCAAGCACGUCUUACGUCUUUUCCGCUCCUGCCCUUCUCAUCAGCCAACUUCUCAUCUACUACUUGUACAUCACUUGAUGGGAAAGCAUCGCCUAAACAGGGUGGGAUUGACGUGAAGUAUGUGUUUUUGUGUACCAACUUGACCCGUCUGAACCUGCCCGGUCUGCCAUAUUUCAGUUCUAAAAUAUUUUAAUUGAAGUAUCUAUUUUUGUGUAAUUUAUAAGGGAUAGGCCUUAAGGUGAUAUAAAUUUAUACUAUGGAACGUAAUUUUUAAAAAAAUUAAAAACCUCUCCCUUUCAAGUUCAAAUCCAUUAAUGUAUUUUUUAUACUGGACUUCCAAACAGGCAUGUUCACUCAAAUAACUCGAUAAGGCCUCAUUAAAAAUUUAAGCUUUUUUCAAACUGAAAUACCAAAUAUUUUCAGACUAUUCCAAUUUUUAAUUCGUAA